AUGGAAGGACAUCUAUGGGUUUCGUCAAGGUCAUCAAGGAUUCCUCAAGACGAGCGGGAUCCCAUCGAACAUGGGAUCAUGCGGCGAUACCUUUCACAUGCCUUUUCCGAUCAUUCUCUUACCGAGCAGGAACCCCUGAUCGCCAGGACUAUCGAUCAAUUUGUCCAGCAAACGGGGGUCAAGGGGGUCCACGGAUUUGAUCUGGGAAAGGGCUUUGAGAUGAUGACCUUUGACAUUAUCGGGGAUUUGGCCUUUGGUGAAACCUUUCGUGGUGUGGAAACUUUUGAGCCGCACCCGUGGAUUUCCAUCACUCUGGGAGCUCUGACCCAAGGCAGCUUGGCCGAAGUAUUCAGACGAUUCCCCACCGUGGCCACGGUGGUGAACUUUCUGUAUCCGAGUAAGAUCCAGAAACUUACCGAGCAGACCCGGCAGAAUGAGCAGAUGGCAAUCGACCUCGUACAGCGACGCAUCCAACGAGCGACCAAUCGCAAGGACUUUUUGACUAGGAUCCUGGAACAACGAAAUCCGGCGCAGGUGUCGGAUUUGCAGCUUGCAGCCCAUUCUUCGGAUUUUGUCCUGGCCGGCAGUGAAACCACUGCGACAACCUUGUCGUGCAUCAUGUACUACCUGAUGCGCAAUAGGACGGUGCUCGCCCAGCUACAGGACGAGUGCCGGACAGCGUUCGCUUCAUAUGACGAGAUCACCGCCUCGUCCACGCUCCAGCUGAAGUAUCUCCAUGCCGUCAUUCUUGAGGGAUUACGUAUAUAUCCUCCACUUCCCCUGGCACUUCCCCGUAUCGUUCCUCAAGGUGGCGACACGGUUGAUGGCCAUUUCUUACCGGAAGGCGCGAGGGCAUUCGUUGACCCUAGCGAACAGACGAUCGUAUCUACAAGUCCGAUUGCCUCCAGCCUGGAUCCAACCAAUUUUGAGCAGCCUUUCGCCUUCGAGCCGAAACGAUGGCUGGGUAAAAAUGAGCGCGACAUUCUUGAAGCCAGUCAGCCCUUUUCUCUUGGCCCAAGGGGCUGUCUAGGUCGUCAGUGA